ACCAAAUGUCUAAAAUGCUUACUUUUGUCCAAGAAUUUCCUGCUGAUCGCUCAAAAGUGGGUAAUACAGAGCGUACGGUACACGGAACAACCACUCCUAGGCCACUGAAUGCAUUUUUUUGCUACAGACGAGAAAAAAUGAGAAACCCAGAUCCGUCUUGGAUAAAAUUACAUCAAAGCGAGAUUUCAGCACUUCUUGGCAGGAUGUGGAAAGACGAGCCCGAAGAAGUAAAAAAAGAAUUCCACAUGAAGGCAGAUAAAGCAGCAAUAGAGCAUAUAGAAGCCCAUCCAGGAUACAAGUUUUCUCCAAAACAAACAAAGAAGGUCAAGGCACCACUAGCUAGUAAAGUGUUCACUACCGAAAAGGAAUUAUCUCUAGUAAAUAGAGCAAAGAAGCCGGAUAGAGCAGUGCCAAUUGCUAUGAACGAGACCACAUGUCAACUAUCUGAAAGACAAAUAGAAGAUCUGUUCACAACUGCAAUUAAUGAAUUAAUUGAUCCAACUACGCUUGAAUUCAAAGAAAGCAAAUUUGAUCAUUUGGAGGAAGUUCCUUCGCUUCCUUCUGAUAUAUUAAGCAAUGAGUAUUUGCUUCAAGAGAGUCUAAACACAGAUAUGCUUACUAGAUUUCUGAUAUUCCAUUAAC